AAUACCAACCAGUAAUUGUAAGCUCCUAUUGAAUGCUGCAAGAUGGCGGACCCAGAAAGAUACGUCCGCGUUGGCAAUAGGACUAUAGACCUCAGUUUGUUGCCUGAAAAAGAAAGAUGGAGAUUGCGCCAUGAAGCGAUGCAUGAAAAGCAUCGUGGUCACGAGGCCAUGCAUGCUGAGAUGAUGCUAAUCCUCAUUACCACAUUAAUCGUGGCUCAGGUGGUCUUAGUCCAGUGGAAACAAAGGCAUUUCAAGUCAUAUCAGAUUGCAACACUUUUAGGCAUGUGGAUCAUUCCAGUAGGAUUCUGCAUCAAGUUUGGCUGGUGGCGGUUUAUAGUAAUCUGGAUCAUUUUUUCCAUAAUAACUUUAUUUGUAACAUAUAGAGCUACAAGAAAACCAAUCUCAGGGACAACUCCUCGAUUGGUUUACAAGUGGUUUCUUCUCAUCUACAAAGCAAGCUAUGGUUUUGGCAUUGCAGGCUAUGCAAUUAUAAUGGGGACUCUGUUUGGCCUCAACCUGCUAUUUCUUAUCAAGCCUCAAACUGCUAUGGACUUUGGUCUGUUAUUGCUGUUUUAUGGCUUAUAUUUUGGUGUGGUGGGAAGAGACUUUGCUGAGGUUAUAACUGACAAAAUGGCAGCACACAUUGGGUAUUACACCACCACAGGGGUGCCAACCAGGAGACUGGAGACUGACAUCUGUGCUGUCUGUGGCAAUAAAAUAUUAGUCAAAGACAAUGAAGAUGCAAUAAUAGAAGAAACUUAUAAAUUAUCUUGUAAUCAUGAAUUCCAUGAGUUCUGUAUACGUGGCUGGUGUAUAGUAGGCAAGAAACAGACCUGUCCUUACUGCAAGGAGAAGGUGGACCUGAAGAGGAUGUUCCCCAGUCCGUGGGAACGGCCCCAUGUUCUCUAUGGAAACCUACUGGACUGGAUACGUUAUUUAGUUGCUUGGCAACCUGUCAUAAUAAUGGUUGUUCAAGGAAUAAAUUGGGCGCUAGGACUUGAAUAAAUGAUUUGUGAAAUGCCCCCUUUUUAAACUGCCCUUUGCAAAAGUAGAAAUAUUUUCUGCAUAUAUUUCAAAUUAUAUUUUGAACAAAGGCAAAUGAUUUGUGUAUAGAGAAAAACCAGAAAGGCAGCCAAAGUCAGUUUGCAUUAACCAGGCAUGAACUCCUAAUAAAUUAAGCAACUUCACAAUGCUCACUACCGGUGUAUUUUGAUUAUGUCCACUUCCGUGAUGCCCUAUUAGUAUUAUUUGUCGUUGUUGGUAUUGAAUGGCUCUCUUUGUAAGGUAAGAGGUCCUCCAUUUUUAUCAUCAUUUUCCAGUCUACAAAGAGUAGACUUUUUCCACCCCUCCCCCUUCAGAGCGUACAAUGUUAGCUACAAACGAUGGUCUUUGCCAGCAAUUUGAAUCGUCAUUUUUUAUUUUUUCAAAGCGUACAUAGGGUAUUAGCCCCCCCCCCUCUCCCAGCUUAGGGGUUUGUAGACUUGAGAAAAUGAUGAUAAAAAUGGAUGACCCCUUACAUAUGUAGGUACAAUUUUACUUUUUUUUUUCUAGAUAUCUUCACAUAAUGAUGUAACAUUAAAAUCGA